AGUGGUGUUGUCCUUGCAGUGUGUGUCAGUUCGCCAGAGAGAACACCGUACAGCAUAGCUAGUUACAUUUAGCAGAUCCACAGAAUUGAUAUAUGUAGACUGACGCAUAGGCUACGUUGAGCAGGCACCGGUUCCUUCCUGAAUCAGACAACGGGGACCAACCAUGGACCUAUUCGAGUUUGACUUCUUUAGGGACUGGGAACUGGAGCAACAGUGUCAUUAUGAGCAGGACCGCAAUGCGCUCAAGAAGAGGGAGUGGGAGCGGCGGACUCAGGAGGUGCAGCAGGACGAAGAUCUCUUCUCCUCUGGGUUUAAUCUCUUUGGGGAGCCAUACAAGACAGAAGCGCCCAGUCUAUCCACUUUGGGGGGGACCAACAACCUAAACAAGACAAACAAAGGUGACGCCCUGGCCAACCGGGUGCAGAACACUCUGGGGAACUACGAUGAGAUGAAGGAGCUCCUGACCAGCCACUCCAACCAGAGCCACCUGGUGGGCAUCCCCAAGAACUUUGUUCCCCAGACCCCUGGCCCCAUGGAGAAGCAAGACCAGCCCAGCUUCUUAACCAAGGGAGGCCAGAGGGGGAGCAACAGGGUGGGCACAGGGAACCAUACCACCUCCAUGCCCCCUCCUCCCUCCUCUUCUUCUCUGACCAGCUCCAGCCUGCUGCACGGCCAUCAGAGCUCCAAGAAGUCCUGGUCCUCCGACUGGUCCCGGGGAGCCCACUGCAGCACCCAGGGGGUGGGAGGUCAGGGGGUUGGGGGCCAGGGGGUCCAUGGGGUGGGGGYCCUGGGGGUCCAGGGGGUGGGGGGCCCAUCCUGCAGCAGGGGGAAACACUCCUUCACCCACGAGCAGCAGCAGCAGCCCCAAAUACACGAGGAGCUGCUCAUCUCACAGGGCGAGGUAGUGGACCACAGGGGAGACUCCAGCAGCAGCCCCUCCUCCUCCUCCACCUCCACUCUCUCCAGGAGGCACGGGGGCGGGCAGCAGCAGGCCCCUAAGGCCCCGUCGGCGGCCGAGCAUGGCAGCUACAAGGACAGCAACACUCAUGUUAAGUCUCCCCUGGAGCAGGAGCCGGGCUCCCACGGGGCCAGUUCCCCAGUGGCCUCUACCUCCUUGCUGCCCAGUGGCCUCUCCACGCCCACCUUCCCGCAGGGUCUGCACGUCAAGCCCAGCGCCGUUCAGCAGCAGAAGCCUACGGCCUACGUGCGGCCCAUGGACGGCCAGGACCAGAUGCCKCUGGACUCCCCGGAGCUCAAGCCUCCUCUGGAGGUGGUGGACGUGGGCUACAGCAACCCAGCUUUUGGCAGCACCAUCACCAGCUCCAAGAGCAAGCUGCCCAAGCUGACCCUGACACAGACUGGGGAGGUCGGCCUGUCCAGUGACUCCAGCUGUGUGGAGGAGAUUCUACGGGAGAUGACCCACUCCUGGCCUCCUCCCCUGACUGCCAUCCACACUCCAGGCAAGGCUGAGCAAACCCGGUUCCCUAUUCCCUCCAAAGAGUCACAACACAUACCCUCAGGAUGCGCUGGACAAAAGCGGUGCAAUGUUCCCGUUAACAAGCCUGCAACCAAGUCUGUGCCACAGAAGUCAAUGCUUGAGGAUGACCUGAAGAUCAGCAGUGACGAGGAAGAUACUGAACAGCAGGCAGCUGAGAAGCCCAAGCCCAGAAGUACACCUCUCAGGUAA